UUAGCCAAGAACCAUAUGAGACAUUACAUCAAGCAGUAAAUUCAAGGUUUUGGAUUUUGAAAAAAAUUUGUGAUCUCUAAAAAGAUCUAUGUUCAAAUGAAAGCAUUAUACUUUCGUUAAAAGUUCCGAAGAAAGCCGCUCAAUAUCUAUAUCUGAAAAGAAUUCCUUUUUACAGACUUCCUUCGACUAAAGCUGCAAUUUAUUCGAUGUGAAUUAGCCUAGUGUCGAGAAAGUACUUGUUAAACGACAUCGUGGGUCUUGAAGAUUUUUACUGAAGAUAAUUAUAAAAUAAUCCUUCGAUUAUCACACUAUUCCUUACGCGAUGGCCGAAUCAGUGACAGCUGCGGAUGCUUCAGCGGUCACCACAACGAAAAGUGGUCGUGUGGUGACUAAACGAAAACAGGAGCUUGUCGUGAAAGAGGAAUACUCAGAUGGCGAGGAUGAUAGACAAAUUGCUUCACAUGUUGUAACAGGAAAAAAGUCCAAGAGUGAUGAUCCAGAAAGUUCAAGGGAAAAAUUUGCUAGGGAAAAUCACAGUGAGAUAGAAAGAAGACGAAGAAAUAAAAUGAACUCUUACAUCAACGAGCUAUCAGAAAUGGUGCCAACUUGUAAUGAAAAUCCAAAAAAACCUGAUAAAUUGACUGUCUUGCGCAUGGCAGUUGAUCAUAUCAAACAUUUAAGAGCAGAGCCAUCUUACCAACCACAAGGAACAAACACCAAAACUUCAUCGUUCCUAUCAGAGCGUGAACUUAAACUGUUAGUGUUGGAGGCUGCAGGAGGUUUCCUCUUUGUGGUAAACUGUAUCACGGGUAGAUUGCUAUAUGUGUCAGAUUCAAUUACACCUGUACUUAGACAAGCUCAGUCUGAUUGGGAAAACAAAUCCAUCUACCAACUUAUUCAUCCUGAUGAUAAAAAGAAAGUUCAAGAUCAACUUUGUGUGGAUCCAGCUGACUCUGGACGGAUCUUAGAUUUGAAAACUGGAAGUGUGCGUAAAGAAGCCGGCCCAGAUGCCUCAAGACUAUACACUAGCUCUCGAAGAAAUUUUAUAUGUCGCAUGAAAAAGGGUCAUUAUGAAGAAAGCUCUGCUCUCAAUGUGAACACUGGUGUUGAUGAGGAUUAUGCUAUUAUCCAUUGCACUGGAUUUUUAAGGUCAUGUACAGAUGGACAUGUUGGCAAUCUUGUCCCAAUCACAGAAGGCAGUGACCGCACCACUUUCUGUGUUGUUGCUAUUGGUCGGCUGCAACCAACAUGCUCCCCUGUGGGUAAUGAUGUACCCAGUCAAAAGCAAGUAACAGAGUUCAUCUCAAGAAUAGCUAUUGAUGGGAAGUUCACAUUUCUUGACCAAAAUGUUCAAGAUGUGUUGGGGUAUUUACCAAAGGAUCUUCUUGGUAAAAGCUGUUAUGACUUUGUUCACAAGGAUGAUAAAGAAACAAUGAUGGAGAGUUAUGAUCGAGUGGUGAAAACCAAGGGACAACAGAAUCUGUCAGUGGAUAUCCGUUUCCUUAACAAAAAUGGAAACUAUGUGAAGUUGAGAACAUUAUGUUGUAGUUUUCAAAAUCCAUUCACAGAUGAAGCUGAGUAUAUUGUAUGCAAGAAUAUGAUUGCAAGGAACUCACAAAUGGAAACUGAAUAUCAUAACCCAAACAAUGGUUGGUUUUCAUCACAAGCUAAUUCAGUUUCAACUGACAGAAAUUUCCCUCCCAAUCCUUUGUUCUUUGAUGCUCGUUCACCAGCGUUAACAAAAAGAUAUCCUGAACUACCUCAGCAAGUAUAUAUGGGCUCAAAUCCAAUUCAGUCAUUUCCUCUUGUGAAUAUUCCUGUGCAGGAAGAUCGAUCUGGCCAAGUGAGGAUUCCUAACAUGGAGGCAAAUAAUUAUGAUUUUGAAGUGCAAAAGAUGGAAAUGCUUCCAAAAGAAAAAGCAGUUGGUAACAGAUUUAGUUCACCAAACGCAACUGCAUAUGACAAACCACAAUUUGUACCUGAGGAGCGUAGACUAAUUCAAAAUUCAAUUCAUUUUCCUUCAACACAGUCCUCGGAAGAGUUUUCAUCAGAAAUUGUGCCAACAGGCUCUUACCUCAAUGGUAAUGUUGCUGUGAACAUUUUUGAUAGGCAAUUGGAUGAUAAAGCACCACUUCAACAUAUGAGUAUGUUUGAUGGACAAAUAUCAUCAGCAAACACAAUGAUGGGACUGAAUCCUUCAUUGAUUGCAUCAUCUAUGGCAGGGAACCAUGUUUAUCCUGGUUACACUAAUUGUCACAUUUAAUUUUUCUGGAAUGUGAAUAAUUUAUGUAACAUUCCAAGACUAUGAUCAUUGUAAUAUUUCUAAAAAGUUUCACACUAUUGCACUACAUUGCUAAAGGAACAUCUGUAUAGAUAUUAAUAGCAUUUGAAUUCAUAGGUCCAGCACAAAAUAGAUAGAUGCAAAAUGCAAUAAAAUAUCUUUGUGUUUUGAA